UCUGACAAGCUGUAAUUAAUGUUUUAUUCAUCAAAGUACAUAUUUUGUAUAAAGAUCUGGUAAUGCAAUUUCUAUUGUGAUAUUGUAAGAGGUGUAUGAAUGUGUCAGUGAUAUUCUAGUGCAGAGGACCCUAGACUAUCAUGCCUGCCAGUGAUUGUUAGAGUGUGGUAAAGACAAGCCUUGAUGUCUCACGGAUGUGUAAGCCUGCAGCAGGACGUGUGUAGGUUGAUUUGGGGAACAUGUGGAAGUUGUGCUGUGGAUAGACGGCAUCAUGCUUCACUGCUUUGACACACUGUCUGUCUCAUCCUGUGAUGACCUCUGACCUCGCUCUGUGAGAGGCCGAUUUGCCUCUCAGUUUCACCCCUAGUUACAUGGAAAUAGAGGGAUGCAAAGUUGGCAACUUUGAUGAAUAAAACAUUAACUACAGCUUGUCAGAUAUUUCAGACUUGGGUAUAUUGGUGGGGGCUGUGAAUUAUGAAACGUUGCAGUCAGGGUUAAACACAUGAAGCAUCAUAGAUUUGCUGGUGAUCAAUUGUUUAUUAUUGGUAUAUGGUGAAACAGUUAUAGCAUACACAUUUUUAAGUCCUGAAACAGUAUUCAUGUUUAGUAUUGGUCUGAAAGGUCUAAUUUUGUUGGUUUCAGGUUGGAGCUGUCGCUCUCCAUGGUGCUGAAAUAUCAAACGUGCUCCAAAUUGUUUUUUUUUCAAAGAAAAUGUUAUAAAAAGUGUUUACUGACAAUACACAGUGCAAUAAUCUUCCAUUUGCUGAUGUAGGCUUAGUUAUGGACUGUGUUAUAAAACAGUCUGUCUUUAGUUGGCUGUGUAUCAUUUCGACAUGAUGAUAGUCUGCGCUCUGGACUCUGAGUGCCGCUGUUGGACAGUAGGACGAGAUAUAAGCUUCAAAUUCACAGAACCUCCUGUCUGAUGGAUUCAUAUGAGCUGAUACAACAUUCGGGGGAAGAUAUCUAUAAUCAAACAGGAAUGAAAAUCAACACGGAUAGAUUACCAAUAUAGCUGAUUUAGAUGGACUAAGAGAGAGUUGUGCAUCAAGGCUACUCAAUAUUUCUGUCCAGAAAUUUAUAUUUUUGCUGUUUUUUCCGAAAUGUUUGAGGGAAAGCAAAAUCGAACGCCACAAUGGCAAGCACGAUUGAUUAUUGUGUGUGCCCUCUUGUCGCAUAUGGUUCGAUGCCAGGUGCGAUAUUCGAUUCCAGAGGAAAUGGUACGAGGGUCUUUGAUUGGGGAUCUCUCAAAGCAUUUGGGACUAGAUAUCCGAAGACUAAAAUCUGUCCGGGCCCGCAUUGUUAGUGAGGAAAAGGAUUGUGUAGAGCUGAACGCGGACAAAGGGAUUCUGCUGGUCAAACAGCGCAUAGACAGAGAGGAGCUGUGUGGACACGCUUCCCCCUGUAGCUUCAACUUCGAAAUGGUUCUAGAAAAUCCAAUGGAAUUAUUUAGUAUAACUGUGGAAAUACUCGAUAUCAACGAUAAUGCACCUGCCUUUGCGAAUAAGGAAAUGACCCUGAAUAUCAGUGAAGUAGCAUCGCCUGGAGCUCAAUUUAUUUUAGGCAGUGCCGUGGAUCCUGAUGUAGGUUUAAAUGCCCUGCAAAGCUACAGUCUUAAACCUUCGACGCAUUUUACUUUAAAAGAACAAACGUUUGCUGAUGGUGGUAAAUAUGCGGAGAUGGUUUUGCAAAGUCCUUUAGAUAGAGAGAAGGAAGGUGAAAUGUUUCUAACAUUGACAGCUGCCGACGGAGGAAAUCCGCGGAGAACAGGGACCGUGAGCAUAAAAGUUAAUGUUUUGGAUGCCAAUGAUAAUGCUCCGGUUUUUAGUCAAGCCGUAUACAAAGCCUCUGUUUUGGAGAAUUCCCCUAAAGGGACUUUAGUAGCAACAGUGAUUGCGACCGACGCAGAUGUGGGCAGUAAUGGUCAGUUAGAAUAUUACAUUGACCACCUUACACAACAAAAUGCUAUGGUGUUCACACUAAAUCCAAGCAGUGGAGAAAUACGAGUAUCAGGUAUAAUCGACUAUGAGAAAACUAAGCAGUUUCAAAUUAAUGUAAUUGCCAAAGAUAUAGGUGGUCUCUCAAAAUCUUGCAAAGUAGUAAUUGAAGUGAUAGAUGUGAAUGACAAUCCCCCCGUUAUAGCAUUGACAUCUUUUUCCAAUACCAUCCCCGAGGACUCUCCCCCGGGGACAACUGUCGCCAUUGUUAAUGUGAAAGACUUGGACUGGACAAAAUGGUCAUGUUAAUUGUUCCAUCGACCAUUCUCUUCCCUUUAAGAUACAAUCUUCAUUAGCGAACUAUUACACUUUACUAAA